AUGUUUAUAAUCAUAGUUUCAUACUAUGAAAUUGCUGCUGCCAAGCAAUUGUUCAAAAUUCCUGUUAAUCGAAUUCAAUCACGUUCAUCAACAACAGAGAAUUGCACAGCUUCAUCAACAAAUGAAAUAAUAUGUGAAAAAUCUUCACGUACUUUUGGAAAAGUUGCUGUUAUAAAAUCAUCUGCUUUUGAAAGUCUUAUCAAUGAAGCUGAUGAAGAAUUUAUUGGAACGAUCUGUAUUGGUACACCAUGUCAAUCUUUUCUGAUCGAUUUUGACACAGGCUCAUCUGAUCUCUGGGUACCAUCAAGUAAAUGUACAUCGGGCUGCAGUGGAUUUAGUAAAUAUACAUCAUCUGCAUCAACAACAUAUAUUCCUAAUGGAAAAGCGUUUUCAAUUUCAUAUGGUGAUGGUUCUGGAGCUAAGGGAACUUUUUGUAUUGAUACUGUAACAAUCAAUGGAAUUGCAGUUCGAAAUCAAACAUUUGCUCAAUGUACAAGUUUGUCGGGUAUGAAUGGUGAUCCUAGUGAUGGUAUUCUUGGAUUAGCUUAUCAAAGUUUAACAUCAGGUGGUGAAAAACCAGUUUUCUAUAAUAUGUGGUCUCAGGGUCUUAUUGCUGAACCUGUCUUUUCUUUCUAUUUAAAUCCUGAUGUAAGUGCUUCAACUGGUGGUGAACUCAUAUUUGGUGGUGUUGAUUCUACGAAGUAUACAGAUUCAAUUACAUAUAUUCCAGUAGCACUCGAAGGAUAUUGGGAAUUUCAAAUGACAAAAGUGACUGUUGGGUCGGCUGCGAUCGCUUCAUCAGGAUAUGCUAUUGCUGAUACAGGUACAACAUUGAUCAUUGGACCUAAUAAACAAGUUACAGCAUUGAAUGUUGCUUUGGGUGGUAAAUAUGAUUCAUCCAGUGGAAUGUAUACAGUUAGUUGUACAACACGUACACUUUCAUCUUUUCCUAAUGUUACAUUUACUAUUGGUGGUACAGAUUUUGUUUUAACACCAUUACAAUAUAUAAUUAUCUAUAAUGUAAGCAAAAAUAGCUAUGUAUGCUACAGUGUGUUUGUACCGGACGAUAUAGAAGAUUCGGAUGAUAAUGAUUUCUGGAUCUUGGGAGAUUAUUUCUUAUAUUGGUUUUAUUCAAUAUUUGAUAUUAACAACAAUCGUGUCGGUUUUGCUAAAUCAAUUUCAUACGAUUGGAAACAACCUGUUGCUUCAUCUCUAUUUCUUGGAACAGCUACAUCAUCAAAUACAACUACAGCUGCAACAACUGCUCGGUCGACAACUGCAACAACAGCACGGUCGACAACUGCAACAACUGCACGGUCGACAACUGUAACAACUGCACGCAGUACAACUGCAUCAACAACACGAAGUACAACUGCAUCAACAACACGAAGUACAACUGCACGGUCGACAACUACACAAAAGUCUACUACAAAGUAUACGACUAAAUCAACAACAAUAACAACAACUCCGAGAAAAAACAUGACAAGUACGACAAAACCAUAUCAACCACACAAAAAUUUACACCGACGACAUCACCAUUAA